AGGUUAUAGAAUAUCGAUAUAUAUCAUAUUAAAAUAUUAUAUUUUUAAAGAAAUACUAAUAUGAAAUCAACUCGUCAGAAAAAAGCUAGAAAAAAUUUAGGCUUUUUUAUUAAUAAUUUCAAAUUUAGAUCGCCGUUUCAAGUUCUUAUUGAUGGUACAUUUGCUUUGGCUGCUUUAGAGAAUAAAUUUAAUAUACAAGAUCAAUUAUCAAAAUAUUUUCAAUCUGAUAUAAAAUUAUUAACUACACCAUGUAUAAUUUUGGAAACAGAAAAAUUAAGUUCAUUUUCAAAAGCAGUUAAUGGUGCUAUGCAAAUUGUUAAACAAUAUCCUAUACAUAAAUGUGGACAUGAAAAAUACUCAAUUAGUGGUACAAAAUGUUUACAAUCUAUGAUUGGAAAAAAUAACUCAUUUAGAUAUAUUAUAGCUACACAAGAUAGAGAUCUUCAGAAUAGUUUAAGAAAAAUUCCAGGUGUUCCAAUAAUAUAUUUGCAUGGUAAAGCACCAACAUUGGAAGCACCUUCACAAGCUAGCCAUAAAUAUGCUGAAAAUAUUCGUAAAGGACUAGGAAUGACUGAGAGGGAAAAAGAGAAUAUUAAAAUAUUAAAAGAAACAGCUGGAAUAAUAGAAAAAACAGAAGUAAAAUUUAAAAAAAAGAAAAAAAAAGGUCCAAAUCCUCUUAGUUGUUUAAAAAAAAAGAAAAAAACACAAACAAACAUUUUAAAAAAUACUAAUGAGAAAAAUUCUGGUAAAGUUAAGAAAAAAACAAAAAUAAAAAUAGCAGCACAUAUUAAAGAAGCAUUAGUUGCAGAGAUAAAGAAUAAACUAGAAAAAACAAAAUGAGUUGAAAAUAAAUAUUUGUUCAAAAAAACUUGUAUAUGAAUAAAUUAUUAAAAUUA